AUGGAGACGCAGGAGGAUAGCCUUGACAUCGCGAAGCUGCAACGCGUCGCGUUGGGGCUUGAAUCUGCACCUUCGCAGCUCCAAUCUAAUGGCCUGGGGACAGUUGCAAACCACGACUGUCGCCCGGAAGCCCAUCAAAAGUCGUCAUUUUCCUCAACCGCCCACGAGAAGGCUCGAAAAUCCUUAACGCCGUCGUCGCCUUCACGGUCAUCCUCGCGAUCACAUAAUGCCACAACUUCGAUGAAUACGAAUCCAGCAUCCAAAACCAACUCUACAAACCCUUCUACGGGCCAAGUGCCUCCGUCUACGAAAAUGCCUUCGGUCGAUGCCGUCCCUUCGGACACGCAGGUCGUCUCUCAGUCAGUUUACGAUGAAAUCAUCAGGAAGAACCAGGAGGCUGCGGACAACGCUCAGGAGAGCAAUUUGGGUGAUCAGGCAACGCUUAUGACCCUUCAUGAAGGCGAUAGCGGACAUCUUGAUUUGCUAUCUGGCUACGACCCUCUUCAUACUGAUGCUGUCAACGAGGACCUUGAGGAUCAGAGUAGCUCGAAGCUGGGAGAAUCUUCACCCAUGCUGCAUCAGCCAAAUCUCUUUCCCGAGUCGCAGCGGUUUCUGACAAAGACACCCAUGACAGCAGUGAAGCGUGCCCACUCUGAGGGCCUUGCCACUGUGUCUCCCACUGCUUCGCGGAAUCCCCUUGCAGCAGAUAUCGGGUCAAGUGGUGGGAUAUUGGCACUAAGUCAGGUAUUUAGGGCAACUCAGGCUCCAUCAUCACCUCUAGUGAACGGCCAACAAUCCGACCCUGUGUCAGAUCGACCUUCUCCGAAUAUUCCCAUUCAGAGCCACCCGGUUAUUACAACGCUCUCCUCACCUUACAAUAACCUCGCCGCAACUUUUCCACGGGACACGUCCGCCCACAGAUGGAACUACAUCAGCAUGCAGGAAUCUCAAGCCAACCGGGAUAAGGCAUUGCAUGAAAGAAUGACACGUUCUGCAAACCAUGUGUACUCGGACCAAAGCGACGGGGAAUUUGAUAAGGAGCCUAGUUUUGUUGAGCGAAUGAGGCGCCGGAAGAUGUUUGACCACGAGGCUGAUGCUCAGCUUGUGGAGCUCACAGCACCUGCGAGGCCAUCCAGUCGGCGUAGUAAUCAAGCGGACAUGAUCCUAAAUCCCCUAUCUGAAGUACCUGAAGGCCCAGAUCUGACUGAAGGGUCUUCUGGAGAAGUCGACGAGGUGAGAGAGCAGGGGUCUACUGGGCUGCAGCAUGGGGCGCUCAGCGAAGAAGAAACGGAACAAGAGCAAGAAGAUGACUUGGAACAGCCCACGCCACGGCCUUACGAUCUCGAUGGUUCAGCCGAGGAGGAUAAAGAGAAUUGCCACGACCUUUCUACAACCAGUACUGCUGCUGCGAGCGCGCAUGACCGCCUAUCGCAAGCUCUUGCCUUGCAUGAAAGUCCGUGUCCAACCAAUGGGGAACCGGUAAACGCGCAAGAAAGGUCGCUUUCGCUUUCUGGCGGCUUUGUACAGGAUGAGCAGUUGCAUGAAGGCUACUCCUCACAGGUCUCGGUCAUUAAGGACUCUCAGCGCUCCGCUGGUCGGAGGGAUCCUGGUAAUGAUGACACAGAGGAGCAAUGGACCGCGCAGCGCAUACAUCAGUCAGGCUCUCAGGCUCAUCUGGGGCCUUUGUCUGAUGUAGACAGAACAACUCCAUCGCCCACAAAGCAAGUUCGUAUACGGUCCUCUCCCCCCUCAGCGUCCCAGACCAGCCGACGAUCGCUCGAGUUAGGCUGCGCUCACUCGGUGAGCUGGCCUGGAUCAGAGCUAGGCAGUCCAUCUCGCUCCCAGACUCCACGGCCCUCGUUGGCUCAAGAGCAUAACAUGGUGGAGUCAAGCAAUCCAGCUGUGCAGGGGGCCGCGAAUACAGGCAAUGAACCAUCUACGUUGGAUCGACCCGAGAAGUCCUCAUCUAUGCCCUCGCGCGUCGCCGAGACUCCUGUUGCUCCUAGGGCUUUUGCAGAAAUCAUACCAAUGACAAGCAUUCCCGAAACGAGUCCCAGCCGCCUUGGUCACCAAAGGUGGCCUAAUGAUCAUAACACAACCGAUGUAGCCGAUCAAGAAGAUGACGACUUGCCGCCAGUGUACAUGAAUGCGCACGAACGAGGGUCUCGUUCUCAACCGAUGGUUGCUGAUAGCUCGUCGCCUCUGAAACCUUCCUCGUUCCAUAACUCAAAAAUUCUGUCCAGCCCAAGUGGCAGACAGCGCAGGGCACUGACGGAAAUCGCAGCCGAUGCUUCACCACAGAUUGGGGCUGGCUCAUUCAACCUUGACAUUAAUAUCCUGUCCGCUGACGACCGGGAGUUCCGGUCUGCGGUUGCAAUGUCUCCUAUUCAGCCAAGGAAGAAGCGCCGCGGUAACGGUGGGCAGAGUGUUUACGCUUCCGACCCAGUGUUCCCUGUUACACCUCGCGCGCCUACUCAUGUCGUGCCUUCUCCAGAGAAGGAAAUGCCACCUAUCACUGAGGUGGAGCCAGAUAAGCAGGUUAAGCCGGCCACCAAGCCAAUGCCAACCUAUCGGAGACGGUCAAGACCCUCUAGAAGAGCGGAGAGCAUAUGGGAUAUGGAUGAUUCUACUCAGCAUCACUUCUCUCGUAAAGAGAGGUCUCGGCUUCUAGGUCGCUCGCUUCCGGUAAAACAGGUGCCUGCUGAGGUUGAAGAGCAUGCUCCCAUUGAAGAAGAACUGCCUGCCAUUCACGAGGAUCAGGCGGUCAGUUCAAUGCCGGAGCCAUCCAGUGAACCAGUCGCACCCCAACCAACAGAAACAGCAUCUGAAGAGGAUCCAGUUGUGGAGACACCGCCUCGGGUUCAACAGCCAGCUCAGCCUUCAGUUAGCCAUGAGAACGUACCUAUCGCCGUCAACCAAGUCCUUGCCCCAUGGAGCGGACCAAAGCGCGCGUAUUAUCCUGCAACGUGCUUUGGCAAGCCCUUUGGCACAUCGCAGUCGCGGUAUCUGGUCAAAUUCGAAGAUAGCGCACCGCUUGAGAUCCCCACUGGCGCGGUGAAACGGCUUGAGCUGCGUAUUGGUGAUGGUGUCAAGGUGGACAUGCGCGAUGUUCCCAAGGUGACACAUAUCAUCUCUGGGUUCGCCGACAAGCUCACUUUGAGUGAUAUUGAACAGGGAGCUGCGAAUGGGCUGAUUCCUAUGACCGAUGUAUAUGGAUAUUCCUCCGUUAUCUUGACACCGAAGCAGCGCAAAAGUCUCCCCGGCUCAGGACUAGCAGUUACAGAGAACAGGAUUACUGUUCCUAUUUCCCGAAUCUACCUAGAUACUAUCCUUUGGAAUCAGUUGAAAGACCGGGCAUUCAGCUACGACUCCGGGCCUGCUGUUUCCGAAAGUGGACCCCAAACGCCAGGUGAUAGACACUCCACGCCCAUGUCCCCUGGCGCUCGACUCUCGCGCAGCUUCCGCUUUUCCACUGGUCUAUUUGCCGGUAUGGUGUUUGCGGUGUCAUACGGAGACAACAAUGAGGCCAAAUCACGAAUUACCAGAAUGAUUCUGGAGAACGACGGCCGGAUUCUAGAGGACGGGUUCAAUGAGUUGUUCGAACUCCCUCCCAGUGCACCAGUUGCUACACCUACCAAGUCUCCUGCUCCACUACCUAGUACCCAAGACGGCCAUCUGCGGCUGACUAGUGGUGCCGCAGAUGUGGGCUUCGCGUGUCUGAUAGCCGACAAACAUUCUCGUCGGUCAAAGUACAUGCAAGCCCUAGCACUCAAUCUCCCUUGCCUCUCUGACCGCUGGAUCGAGGACUGCGUUGCCAGAAGACAAAUCCUCGAUUGGGAAAUAUAUCUCCUCCCAGCCGGGGAGUCCACCUACCUCAACGGCGCGACCAAGUCUCGUUUCCUAGCCCCGUACCCUGCUACAGAGGCUCGACUGUCUGAGACCAUCGCCGGCCGGCCCAAUCUUCUCAACGGACAAUCCGUGCUUCUUGUUACGGGACGCAGUGGUCGAGCAGAUGAGGAGAAACGCAAGGCGUAUCUCUUCUUGACGUAUGCGUUGGGUGCUUCUCGCAUCGAGCGCGUGCCUGAUCUCAAGUCUGCUCGCGCGAUCCUGAGUGCAACGCAAACGAAUGGAGCCGAUGGCACUAGCUGGAACUGGAUCUAUGUCGAUGACGAUGAUCGAGCUUCCUCCGCCAAGGCCAUGGCACUGGGAAGCUCAUUGUCGACCGCCGGUUCGAGGAAGCGUAAGCGGUCGAAGCUGAUGGAGUCUUUUGACGGCAAUGAGCUGGGAGUGAACAGUAAUGUCAAGAUUGUCGGCAAUGAGUUUGUCUGUCAAAGCUUGAUCUUGGGGAGGUUGUUUGACCAGUAA